AAGUAAAUAGUACAUUAAAGUUAUAACAAUGGGAAUAUUUAGAGAAAUUCUAGCACGGUUUCCCCGCGGCGGGCUUUCGUAUGUGUUUGCCUAUGGCAGUGGUGUUAAACAGCAGAUUGGUUAUGAGGAUGUUGUUAAGCAGAAGAACAACGUUAUUGAUCUUAUAUUCUGUGUCCGUGAUCCACUUGGCUGGCAUGCUGAGAAUAUUAAUCGGCAGGAAAGUCACUAUUCUUUACUACGCCUACUGGGUCCACGCUUCAUCAUGAAUUACCAAGAGCAUUUGGGUGCACGCGUGUACUUCAACACUUUAGUGCCAUUGGAUGAUAUUAAUGUCACCAUUAAAUAUGGCAUCGUAUCUCGGGAGCACCUGCUCGAUGACUUAUUAAACUGGCGGUAUUUGUAUCUCGCAGGCAGACUGCAAAAGCCGGUAUGUGAGUUAGUACCAACGAAUGGUGACAACGAAUUAAAGGAUGCUUUAGUUAGAAAUCUUACAAGCGCUUUUCAAACAUCACUUUUACUGUUACCAGAACGUUUCUCAGCCUACCAACUGUUCCACACAAUUUCUAGUCUCAGUUAUAAAGGCGAUUUCCGUAUGCUAUUUGGCGAGAAUAAGCAAAAGGUGCGCAAUAUUGUUUUAGCCCAGGAAAAAGACUUUUUGGAACUGUAUUUCCCUGUGAUGCAAAAGUUAACUGACUAUGUGGCCGCUGAUUUCAAUGCCAAAGAAUUGGGUACAGAUAAACCCAUUGUACAGUUUGAGCAAGACAAAUCAUUGACAGCGAAUAUACACCAUCUACGUGAAGCACCCAAAGAGUUGCAAAUGCGAAUUGUUCGCAAUUCAGCUUUUAGGGGGGAUUAUAUGAAAAUUGUACCGCACCUAGCUGAAUCUCAUAAUCUCCGAGAACUAGUACAGACUUCCGUGAAUGACAUAGUGUGGCGAAGCAGCAUCACGCAAUCAUUGAAAAAUAUACCAAGCGCCGGACUUUUCAAAUCUUUGGUAUACAGUUACCGCAAAGCGCUUAAAACUUUUUCUUAGUUUCAGAAAUUUACGUGCACUUUUCGUGGACACAUGCCAAAGUUAUUUCGAAAUGAAAUUAAAAAAAUUUUUUUUUUCACUAAGUUAAAACGCAAAAUGCAUUUACUCCACUAUAAAUGAAAAAGUGAAGAUUUAAAGUAUUUUUCAAUACGGGAGUUUGAAUUGUUUACUAGAUAUAAUUUUAUUAGAAUUUCUAUUCCUGUAAAACUCUUGUUUAGCUAUAAUUGUAUAUAUUUGUAAAGAUUUGUUAACUAUUUCUUAUAAUAGAAUUCAUUAAGUGCAAUAAAGUGCAUAGAACUUACCACCUACCAAA